AGUGGCGGGAACGGGCAGCCAGGGACCCUUCCCUCCAGCUGAGCGCGCGCGUGUGGCUUCUCCCCGAAAGCGCGCGCAGAGAGGACUCGGAGUCGUCGCUCGGCGGAAGGCAAGGCAGGCAGGCAGGCAGACGGGGCGACCUCUCAGAGGCCCCUGCGUCUUGGACUGGACGCCCUCCCCUCUUUCUUUCCCUCUUGGCUCUCCCUCAUAAAAGGAAAAGAACAUGAAGAGUCCCUUUGUGCUGACAGUGCUGCUGUCCUUACUAGUGGCAAAGUUGUGUCACGGUUACUGCGUUGAGUCUCAGGAGCAACAGCCACCCAACAGAAUUGAUGUAAAGAAGAGCUCCGAUCCUUAUAGGCUGCCUCCAUCCUUGCUCCGGCGAUUGUAUGAUGGCCAAGGGAUUUCCUAUGAGGCACUGCUUAGACUCUCAGGCAAGGAAGAAAUUGCUCCCCAGGCACUUGCCUCUUCCCAGAAACGAGACAUGCACGACUUCUUUGUUGGACUCAUGGGGAAACGGACUACAGAGCCUGAUCAACCCAUAGAAGACAACAAGGGAAAGCUCACAGAUUUUGGAAACAUAAAGUAUUCAAAAACUGCAGAAUGAGGUGCCAUGCAAGGAUGAGGGACAAUCCUCAUGUCUGCAGGACCUCAAGAUAUCAACACCAAGCAGACGCCAUCCACCAAAGCCCAACAUACUCUCGAUCAAACCCUUGGAUGUGCCAUGGAGACCUCACCUUGUCCUGUGCUCCAGCUCCCAUGCCCUUUCUCCUUGACUCUGACCUUUAUUCCAGCCUGUUCCUCUUUGUAAUCUCUAGUGUUCUUUGUUUGGAAAUGUUGAGAAGCAUCAUUCUCACUCCCUUCAUGGUGCUUUGCCCCUGUAUCCAUGUGUGACAAAUCUGUAGAUUACUCUCCCAUGCCUCAAGCAAAAUGGCCACACUUGCCUACCCUUCUAUGUCACAGAUUCAGAACACCUCAAUAUGUUAUACAAUAACAGGGUUUUUCCUUAUGACCUGCCACUGUGUGUCCCUUGUUCUUCAUUUGAUAUUUCACAUUUUAGGCACAGCUGCCCGAUUCUAAUCUGUGGGAGGGAUAACGAAUACUCCAGAAGACAGGAUCAGAAUUCAAAAUGACCUUAAUAGGUUAGAGAGCUGGGCCCAAACAAACAAAAUGAAUUUCAUACAGGCGAAAUGUAGGUUGCAACACUUAGGCAGAAAAAAGAGAAAUGCAAAGAGAGAGGAUGGGUGACAUUUGAUCUGACAACAGUACAUGUAAGAGAUCUUGGAGUCUUAGCAGACCGCAAGUUGAACAUGAGCCAACAAAGUGUUGCAGCAGCUAAAAAAGCCAAUGGGAUUUUGGGCUGUAUUGAAAGGAGCAUAGUGUCUAGAUCGAGGGAAGUCAUGGUGUCUCUCUAUUCUGUUUUGAUUAGAUCUCACCUGAAAUACUGUGCCCAAUUCUGGGCACCACAGUUUAAAAGAGAAAUUGACAAGCUGGAAAAUGUCCAGAGGAGGGCGACUAAAAUGAUUUGAAGUCUGGAGACUGUGCCCUAUGAGGAGUGGCUUAAAGAGCUGGGAAUAUUUAGCAUGUAGAAGAAAAGGUUGAGGAGACAUGAUAGCUAUGUUUAAGGAUGUCAUAAGGAAGAGGGAGCAGGCUUAUUUUCUGCUGUUCUGGAGUCUAGGACUCUGAGUAAUGGGUUCAAAUCAUUUCCAAGUAUUCCUGGUCUAAGAAAACUAUGAAAUCCAUGGAAUGACUACAAAUCAACAGGUGUACUUGAAGCCACAUAGUUUCAAGAGGCAUUGAAACAAAGGUCCAUGCACCACACCCACCUACUUUUAAAGUAAAGUUUUUGCUAAAAUGAUGUGAGAGGGUUGCCAUGUUACUGUUGAAUUUCAGCAGCAUGGUAGCAAGUUUGGCUACUUCAUGUCACCUGCCUGAUCUCUUCACAUUAGCUAGAAUACAGGUGAUUUGCCAAUUUACUUCUCUUUUUAUAUUUAACACUUAUCAUUUUACGUUUUAAAUGCAACUCAAAAUGUUAAAAAUAUGAAAUAUUUUUUUAAAAAGAAAGACACUAAUAUAUAUAGAAUUAUCACAGAGGUAAAAUAGGAAUAAUAAGUAGAAAUUUUUACAAGAGUAAGUUUUAAAGAAGUAGUAGUAGUAGAACAAGCAAAGAGCAUUUAGGCACCUAACUUGAUCUGAAUCAGUUACAUUCAAAGCCUUUCUUACAAAGACAUAUAUUGUUGGGGAUUGGGCAAAUCUCCUUGGGUGAGUGCUCCAAAACACUGAUAAGAGACCUGGUUCUAGUAAUCAUUCAUGAAAGUUUGUUUUAGGGAAAUACCAUACGUGAUGAAUGAAAUAUAAGGAUGGCAUGUACUAGAGAAAGCCUACGACAAUAUGUUCAAUUUGAAAAAUGCAUAUAAAAAUGUGCCAGAAUUUCUGUGUGGGAGAGAAAACAAGUCUCACAAAAUGCUACAGAACCAGAACAACACAAAAAGGCUGUGGGAUGUCCUCAGAAAAGCAGUGAAAACAAAUGGCAGAUGUUCAUAUUUAUUAUUAAAAUACCAUAAAUAGAUUGUUAUAGCAACUAAUAGCAGCACAAUCCUCCUACUAUUUCCUUUUUAAUUAUUAAGAAUUAUUAAUAUCAGAAAACUGUUUUUUUUUUCUCUCUCUCUCUCUCCUCUGACUGAAUUUAGGCUAAAAUACUGGUUUGGCUGCAGGGCUCCUAAAAAGUCUAGUCCUGAGUCACCUGUUUCCUUUGGGAGAGAAGUUUGAUCUUGUCUCAGACACUGAACUGAGCUUUAGCAGUAAUAAAAACAGAAAGCAAUCUCUAAAAAAACUUGGAACUUUAUCACACAAGGCAGGCAAAACAGAAUUGCAAUGACUCUUUGGCUCCUCUUGAGAUUUUCCCAUACCUAGCUUUCGAUAGAUAAAACCUGUCAGUAGCUCACUAUCCUCAAUGUAUCCAUCACCUAGUUUAGUGUGAUACGUCCCUUCUGUUUCACCAACAAAAUUACAUCAGAGGGCAGGAUUUCUUCCUCCCCCCCUCCUUGCUAUUCCCAAGUUAGGCACAUUCCUCCUAUUUUAUCUUUGCCCUUUUGUUUUUAAUUCUAAAAUUGUGCAAUUACAUUAAAAAUAAAAAACAAAAAAAUUAAAUGAACUUCAACGUAUGCUGAAUAGGGAGUAGUGCACAAGGUGGCGUUACAGGGACCCGUGGAAAUCUGAUUGUGGAAUGCAGUGCGUAUCCAUUAUUUACGUUAAACUGACUAUAGCAGAAUAGUGGGUUGACGUCAGUUCAGCAACUGAUGGCAUUGAGGGUUAAAACUGGCACUUUGAACUGAAAAAAGAAACAAACUCCACAGAUUAUAUCAUGCCAGACAGUUCUGGACAGUAACUUGGUAACUAAAGUAAAUGCAGCAUCCAGCAGAAAUAUUUUUCAAAAACAGUUCUUGGAAAGGCAUAUUUUUACAAAGAGCUUCAAAGGAUAAUCCAACUCCAAUGUGUUUUAAAGUUUUAAAGCAAAAGAAGAGAAUAUUCAGAAGGGUUCCUAAAAUUAAGAUGUAACUUGUGUUGUUAAAGGAUGUCUAAAUAUAUGCUCUUUAGCCCAGUCAUAGGAAUAAUCCAGUCUUCUAAAUGAUGGGAGUGCUAGCAGCCGUAGAAAAUAUCGAAGAAUGCUAAGUUUUGCAGUUCAUCAACAUCUAGUGGCUUGUACAAUUCACUGCUUUUGCUUACGAUUUAAGUUUCCAUCUGAUCAGAACUUGGAAAAAAAUCACUUUUCCGAACGACAAUUCUCUGAAUCAUUUAUGUAUGCAUAGAGUAUGAAAAUGAGCAUUUCCAGACGAUGGAACACACACAGAUACAGGCUGAGUAUCCCUUAUCCAAAAUAAUUGGGACCAGAAGUUUGUGGGUUUUUUUUUCAGAUUUAGAAUACCUGUAUUUGCAUACAUUGCAAGUACAUAGUGAGGUAUCUUGGAGAUGGAACCCACAUGAAAUUCACUGAUGUGUCAUAUAUAUGCACCACAUACAUAAUUUAAAGGUAAUUUUAUACACAAUAUUAUUUUAAUAAUUGUGCAUGAAACCAAAUUUGUGCAUUUUGAACCAUCAAAAAAUAAAGUUUUCAUUAUCU